AAGAGCUUAAGGCUCGUGAAGACUACUCGUGAAGAGUUUAAAGCGUAAAAAUAAUUUAAAUUGUGGAAUACUUAGGUGUUUUAUGCUAAAUAGAGUAUCCAAUGAUGAAGUCAAUGAAGAUGACAGAGGAUCUUCUCGAUCCUCACCAACUACUACUACUGUAUGUUACGCAUAGAGGCGGCGCAGGCGGACAUCGAGCGCGAGAGCCUGGAGCGGCUGUGGCAGGAGGGGCUGCUGCGGCGCGUGCCGGUGGUGGGGCGCGUGGUGUCCUGGUGGGCGCCCUCCGCCGCGCCGCCCGUGGGCCGCCGUCUGCACCUCGCCAGCGGCACGCUGCAGCCCACCGACGACAUCUACAGGUUGGUUCAAAACAAAAGUAAAGACAGCACUGAGCCGGCGCGCGCGCACUCCCCGACCCGCGCCGCGCCGCAACACUAGUCCUCUGAGUCGUCGGCACGUACCAACCACUAUAAUAUAUUGAAUACGAACAUUAUGCGGUUUAUUCUAAAUUUAUAUAUAUAUAUAAAAAUGAAAAUAAAAUGUCGAUAAGGCAACGCGAUUUUGUCGUAAAUUCUAAGAUCAAUACGAUCCGGAAUGAUGAAGCGGUCCGCUUGUGCAAUCCCAUCGUGUAUGAGUAAGACGGAAAGCUAUUUGUGAUGUGUCGCAUAGCUAAUCUAGAUGGCGCCACCCAAGCAAAGAGUUUAUAUGUUUUUUUAGUCUAUGGUAAAAAUAUAAUAUAAUUGGUGUACGUAUGUAAUUAGAAUUAAAUAAAUCUUUAAAAUAUGAAACUUUUGUAAUGUAGUUUUCAUAAACUGUUUUUUUUUUUUUGUAAUUAAUUGGAUGAUUUCUUUUGUAAUCAAUUUAGGUCAUUGAGCUAAUUCAAUUAAUUAAAUUGAAUCCCGAGGCCUUCGUUCUGUUAAACCCCUUGAAGUUAAUAUCUCCAUUGCAAAAGCCGGAAUAAAGAACUCAAGAAAGCUCGAAAGAGCGCUUUCGAUCGAUCAGAUAAUAGAGACUCAAAUAAUAUAACUUUUGGUUCUGAGCGGCCUCAACUUAUAUCCCGAAGCUUUUGAACCGUGGCCGUAUUUAGUGUAUCAUUUAAAGCCAUGCAAUUAACUGAUGUUUGAGAAAUUAUAACAUGUAAUUUUGUUUAUGCUGUAGUCUUUAUAUUUGUAAUAUUGUAAUUAAUAUUCUUAAUGUAUGUAUGUAUAAUAAACAUUUAGAAGUACAGGUAACCUUUCUAUAACACGGUAGAUAAGUUCCUAUAAAAUUCCGUGUUGUGUGAAAUCGCGUUAUACGAGACUAGAAGACAGUACCAAAAGAAGAGUAAUUUUGUAAUGAAAUGAAACAUCUCAGCUAUGCCUGUAUGUAUUUUUUUAUAAUUAUAAAAGAUAAUCAGUAAAAUUUCGGUUAUUCCCAUAUCGCACAUUCGGUGCGAUAACGUCACUUGUGCAAAUUAUGUAAUUUUUUAUGAGUAACGUUGGAAAAUUCAACAUCUUCACUACAUAGUAUAAAACAAAGUCGCUUUCUCUGUCCCUAUAUCUGCCUGUCCCUAUGUAUGCGUAAAUCUUUAAAACUACGCAACGGAUUUUUAUGCGUUUUUUUUUAAUAGAUAUAGAGUGAUUGAAGAGGAAGUUUUAUAUGUAUAAUAACAUCCAUUAAAUAGUGGAGAAAUCAAUAAUAAAUUACAGUUUCCGAAGCGAAGCGAGGGCGGGUCGCUAGUGUUAUAUAAUUCUUAUAUAGUUCUGCUAAACUAUAGAAAUAAAAUAAUAUUUAAACUAAAACUUUAAACUUCAUCAGUAAAAGCAAAAGUCUGUUUAGUCUCCUCACUAGUAACUAUUAAAAAAUGUAUUUUCUCAUACCCAGUUCAGCAUUGACAAAAAUUGCCUAAGUGACUUUAUAACAUCAUAUGUGCGAUAUAUUGUGUGUUCAUAGUAUAUAAUGUAUUUAUCUCAAUAAUUUUAAACAAAAAACUCGUGUUGUAGAAGUACCAUGCUUUAAAAGGGUUUUGGGGAUAUUUUUUUCGUGUUACAGUGUAACCGUGCUAUAUAAGGGUUAUUUGUAUUGAAACGUAUAAGGCUAUAUUGUAUUUAGCGUUUAGAAUUUAAUUAGUAUUGGAAUGUAGCCGAAUGUAGGUACGGGCGGAAGUCGUUUGUGUCCCGAAUGAGACUGGCUGUGAAAUGUUGCUCGCACGCUACACUAGUAUCUUCAUAUAAAACACACAUUGGAUUUUUCUAUGUUUCUAUAUUAACGUAUACGCAUAUUUAAAAUUUUGCAAUAGAUUUGAUCUCCAGAAUUUUGUUCCGUGCACCCGACUUCACAGACGCCAUUUUGGAUUCAUUUUGUUAAUUUGACAGUUGUUUUUUUUUUGUUUUUUUUUGGUAGCUGAGGCAAAGGAGUUAGCUUCCUGAAUGCCACCGUCGCUCAUGUGUGCGAUUAAGUACUACUGUUUUAGAUUUGGUAUUUAAUUAUUUUAAAUAAGCUAGACUUAAGAUUGUGGAUAUAUUAAACUGAAAGGACAGAUACGUCCGGAUUGUGUCACUCCUUGUAACAUCAGCCAUGUCCCAGUUAAAUUUCACAAUACUUUUUUUUUUAAUGCUUAGAUGGGUGGACGAGUUAACAGCCCACCUGGUGUUAAGUGGUUACUGGAGCCCAUCGACAUCUACAACGUAAAUGCGCCACCCACCUUGAGAUAUAAGUUCUAAGGUUUCAGUAUAGUUACAACGGAUGCCCCGCCCUUCAAACCGAAACGCAUUACUGCUUCACGGCAGAAAUAGGCAGGUUAGUGGUACCUACCCGUGCGGACUCAAUUGGUUGGGCUGGGCAAUUCGGUGCAACAGAAUGCUAAUGCUUUUUUUAUUACCAUAGACAACUGGGAACCUAACUAUACAGCCACAUAUUUUACUAUAAUAAUCUCCUUUGUACUAUUGCAAAUUUAAGACCAAAAAUACUGAAAUAAAUCCAAACGUUUUCAAGUUAUGUAUAUGUAUAUGUCUAACGAACAGCAAUUUUAUUUACAUUUAUUAUACAUAUAUAUACGUAUAUAAACGAGCGACGGUGUUCAUUCAUAUACUGGGCCAUGUCUUAAUCAUUAAAAAAAAGGUCCAUGUUGCAUAUAUAUGAUUUACUAUUGAAGUAUUACGUUAUAGUGAUUUAAAAAACGUUUAUAAAUAAAAGUGAUAAUAAAUAAUAUAUUAUUUAGUACAAAUCGUUAA